AUGGACGUCACGCGCGAGUGGCUUCGUAUCGCACAUUGCGACCUCUCCGCCCGCCAGGACUCCUUCAUUCUCAAUACCCUCCCCUGCUCGCAUUUCACCAAACUGCCGCGCCGGACGCAGAUCGACAUCGCCGUGACUGCAGGGCUCGUCGACCUCAUCUUCAACCCGCUGCCGCGUGGCUCCAGCUCCCAGCCGCCGUACCUCUCGCCACGCCCCACCGCGCCCGCCUCGCCCGCACGAUACCCCGAGACGCUGUAUCUCGAGCUACGUGAAGGACGCGGCGGACUUCGCGGCUUUGUACAUGCUCCUGCUGCUCUAUCUGUUGUCCGGCCAGCAGGGCCACGUGCGCCUCGCCCUCGACGAUCUGCUCAGGCUCAAGAAGGAGAUCUGGGAGGUCGGGCCCACGCACCUCGGGCUCUGCUUCCGCCCGCCCACGGAUACGGGCGCGCGGGGGAAGCAGAGACGAAGCGGUGGAAGAUGGAGAUGGAAGAUGUCGUCCUGCAGCCGGCGGCGUCUCCGAGCGUAGCAAAGUCCUCCGCCCCCGACGCACAGUUGACGAAGCUCGCGACGAGCUGGGCCGAGUCGAAUCUGCGCGCUGGCUCCUCGUUGAGCACGCUGAUGCGCGGGGGAGCUGCAUCGAUAUGUGCGAGCGUCCGUGGGGAUUGCGCGGAGGUCGAGGUGGACAACUUUGAUAAGGUGUUUGCCUUCCUCCGACCUGCCAUCCAGGGUGGCGCCGAGAUAUGCACAUGUCUCUCCGAAGAUGAGCUCCAGCAGGCCCUCGACUUCUGCAUGCACCUCGUCGACCCGACGACGCCUGAGCAGCACGAGAGUGUCCGCCGCACGCUCGCGGGCCUCUCUUCUUCUCCAUUCUCUGCCGCUGCGGAUAGGCCGGAGGCGCUCUUGGAUGUCUGCGCCGAUUGGCGAUCCAUCGAGGCUGGGGAAGCUACUCUGCUUCCUACCUGCAGCUCGACAGGUACCCCGGCCUGGAUGCGUGCGACGGCGUCAUGGGCAUGCCCGCGCGCGCGGCACACCGACCGCAUCCUCAGCGAACUCCGCACGCCUGGCGCGCCCCCGCCCGUCGCGCUCCGUCGCCGCAUCGUCUGCGCGGACAUCCCCGGUGGCGACCUUGUGCGCGUGUGGACCUCCCUAAGGGUGCCUCCGUCUACCUGCACGGCACCGACCUGGACCCCGCACUAUUGUGCGACACCACACAGCUGUCCGAAGGGCCGCCGCGCCGUGCUCGCGUCGGGCGCACACGCUAUCAUCUGGAACACCCCCUCUGCGACGCGCAUCAACAAGCUGUGGCUCCUCGGCGAGUGCAUCGACGACCUGAGGUUUGUUGUGACCCUUUAUGUGUUCCGCGUGUCUGCAUGA